UGGGCACGAAAGUCCUUGUGAACAAUUAUGUUAUGAGCUCCACGAUGGAAUGUUUGAGUGUGAUUGUAAACAAGGAUUUAUUCUACACCAUGAUGGUUAUUCUUGCGUUGAACUUAAUACUACAAUGGAACCAGAAAGAGUAGAACUAGAAAUGGGGGAAGACGUUCUUUAUCAAAAAGAUGCCUCAUUUUCGGCUGAAAUAGUUUUGGGUACAAGUCAGAGUCCAGACCUUGAACAAAAAUAUCCAGAAACAACACCUCGUCCUACAGGAGCGACUGAAAGUUUAAUUGAGCCUUGUCUUGAUUGUGGACAAGGGCUCUGUUUAACUGAACCUCCACGCUGCCAAUGUCCACUUGGAAAAGUUGGUCCUCAUUGUAAAACAGAUGUGGAUAUUCAAAUUCCUAGAUUUUCUGGUCAGGGAUGGCUUGCUUUCCCUGCCCUUAAAGCUGCUUAUAAGCAUGUUCAACUUGAAAUAGAAUUCAGACCUGAGGUAUAUGAUGGAAUACUAUUUUUAACUGGUGAAAGAGAUGAUCUUGUUGGUGAUUUUAUGGCGCUUCUGUUGCAUCAAGGAUUUGUUGAGUUUAGGUUUGAUUGUGGCUCUGGUGUAGGAGUAGUGCGUUCCCAAGAAACUGUUGUUCUUAACCAAUGGAAUAGAAUUACACUUUAUAGGCAUCGCUGGGAUGCUUGGAUUCAACUUAAUUCUGGAAAACAUGUUCAGGGUAGAUCUAAGGGGCUUUUUUCAAGAAUGACUUUUAGAGAACCAGUUUUCAUUGGUGGGCGUGGUAAUACCUCAGGUCUUCAAGACAAACUCCCUACUGAUCAUGGAUUAAAAGGUUGUGUUAGACAUCUUCAGAUUAAUGACUAUGUUUAUAAAUUUUCUCCUGUACCAAAAGGUGAUGCAGUAAAAGGAUUUGACAUAGAGGAAUGUAUUGCUGAUAGAUGUAGUAAAGUUCCUUGUCAACAUGGUGGAAAGUGUUUGACAUCUGGUGAUUCAGCGGUUUGCCUAUGCCCUUUAGGCUUCACAGGUGAUCUUUGUGAAACAAGAUUAGACCUACAGGUGCCAGCUUUUAAUGGUUCAAGCUAUCUGAGAUACCCAGGAUUGGGUGGAUCAGCACUCUCAUGGCUUGAUAUUGUUAUUGUUUUAAAGCCUAAUGCAUUAAAUGGCGUAAUUUUAUACAAUGGACACAGGGCUGAUGGAAUGGGUGACUUCAUUGCUCUUUACACCAGUGAUGGUCAUCUUGAAUUCACAUUUGAUUUAGGAACAGGGGCUGCUACAAUUAGGAGUUCGGAACCUUUGAGUCUAGGUGAAUGGCAUGAAGUAACCAUAUCAAGAACAGGAAGACUUGCAGUUUUGCAAGUUGACAAAAACCCUUCUGCUCAAAUCUUAUCACCUGGAGCAUUUACUCAACUUUACCUACCGCUUAAUAUAUAUAUUGGAGGGAUUCCGAACUUUGACAUGGUUUCUCCAAAAGUUAAAGUUAGAACAUCGUUUAUUGGGUGUAUUCAAAAGAUUUUAAUCAACAAUCGUCCUCUGCAAAUCUUUGCUGAAGCCUUAGCUGGAGUUAAUGUUGAUAACUGCCCACAUCCUUGUGUUGCCAAACCAUGUGGUGAUAUUGCUCAUUGUGUUCCUCAUUUUGAUUUCUACAAAUGUGUAUGUGAUAAACAUUGUGAAGAAAACAAUCAAUUAAUGAUACCACCUGUUGCUUCCUUCACAGGAAACACUCACCUCCAUUAUACAGAUCCAGAAAUUCUUAACAGGAUUUUAAGCAAUAAAGUGGGAAUAAAUAUGCGACUACGGACAACAUCUCCAUCUGGCUUGAUAUUAUGGACAGGAAGGUCUGAUUUAUCUCAAGUAUCUAGUGAUUAUUUAGCACUUGGAGUAAAAGAUGGUUAUCUUCACAUGAGAUAUAAUCUAGGAAGUGGUGAAACAUUUAUUGUGUUUAAUGAUACCAAAAUAGAUGAUGGAAUGUGGCAUCGAGUCAGAGCAACGAGAAAUGAACAAGAAGGCUCGUUAACCAUUGAUCAUGGAGAAACAGUCACAAGCAAAUCUCCUGGAAAAUUAAAGCAAUUAAACACUAAUACAGGGUUAUAUAUUGGUGGAAUUGAAGAAAUGGAGAAGUCUACCCAUUAUAAGUACCACAAAGGUUUUUCAGGUUGUGUUUCAGAAUUAACACUUAAUUCAGACUAUCACAUCAAACUAACAUGGUCUGUAGAAACAGCAGACCACUGUGGUGACAUGCCACCUUAAUUAAAAUUUUAUUAAGUGUGAUUUGUAUUUAAAAAAAAAAGGAAAAAGAAAAAAAUAAUUAUAAGGAGAUGGAAUGUAAUAAUUAAUAUCUUUUAUCAAAGUUUCAUUAAUAACUUUUUCAUUUUUUCCCUUAUAAAUUUGUGAGCAAUAUAAAUCUACAGAAUAAAAGAAAAAGUUUUUUUAUGAAGUAGUUUACAAGAAUCUAUUUAUGCAUGUUUUGGAUGUAUUUUAUUUUUCUAGGCUACAUGAUUCCUAUUAACCAUGAGAAUAUUUUAAGACCAUAAAAAGCAAUCUAUAUUGAUAUGCUUAGUUUCCUAAUGUUUUAAGAUUCAUCAGUACAUUGAAAUUAUUGUUGUAACUUUGAAGUACUUUAGAUUAUAAUACCAUUAUACUUACAGUAUUCACUAUGGUUUGUAUUUAUAAUUAAUUUUUGUUUAUUUUCCUUCUGUGUAUUUUUUUUUUUCAUUUGAUCUAUUCACUUCAAAGCUAAAUAUGUGACACUGGCUGCUUAAAUAAUAAGUUAUUCCAUUAGGUAGUCUAAUUUUAACUAAAUCUUUUGAAUAUUUGCUAUAAGAGAAAUUGAAUCUUUUAUAUUCUGUUUUGGAAGUAUAAUUGGUUUCAAGCAAGAGCUACCAAUUUCAUACUUGCAUCUUUCCUUCAUAUUUGAAUUCCUAUCAACAGUUAAUAAUAUUAUUAAUAAUAUUGAUCCUGAAUAACUGCUGGUAAAUUUCUUAUAUGGGGAACAAAUUUAUUUCCUGAUCAUUCAGAUCCUUGCUUCCUAUUCUGCUUCACUAUUUCUCUAACUUCAUCCUUAAAUAUUCAUGGAAAAUGAUGAGAUUAUAAGGUAUCUAUAAGGUAUAUCAAUAAUUGCUUGUGCAAUAUUUAUUUUGCCUGUUUUUGUCUUAACACAAAUUCAUUUGAUUAAUUAUAUUAAAAUUGAAACUGCAAAAGACUUUGUGUCACAAAAAUUGCAAUGGUGAAUGGGUUAGAUUUUAAAUAAUAAUUAAAAAAUAAAUAAAUAAAAAUAUGAAACGGAUUAAAAUCAAUUUCAUUUUAUAUUAAUUAUUGACAAAAUCAUUAAAAAUCUGAGCCAUGAUGUUCCACCUUACUUUUAGAUUUAGUUUCCUUUCAAUGUGGUUUCAGUUGUGGUUUUCAGGAUUCUUAGAAAAUAUAAGUAUAAGAUAAUCUUCGCAGAGAAUUUUAUCAUUAAAUAUGGAUACUACUGAAUAUUUCAUUAAUGGUGACAUAUUUCUAUAUACAUUGCUUUGACCAUUGAUGAAUACUAGUUUAUUCUCAAUUGUUUUCAUUAGUAGAAAACAAUUCAUCAACCAGUAAGUUUAAAUUAAAAAGAUAAAUUAAGAUUUUCUUAAGAAUUGAUCUGCUAGAAUUUUGUCUGUGUAUACAAGCAAUUAUUAUUGUUAAUAUAUCCUGUUUUUAUUUUACUUUUAAAUGAUUUUUAAAACAGAAUAUUCUGAAGGUGAUUGGCUCAGAAUUUGUAUACUGGGAUCAAUUGUUUACAAUUUUUAUAGCCUUUAUUUUUACUUCAAAAUUAUUUUAAUACUACUAUUUAAAGUAGGAAAGCUAAAGGAGUUUAAAAAUUGUUAAACCUUUUUUAUUUAUAAAUUUUUUCUAUCCUAAAAUAGUGUAUGUAUAACUUCUUAUAAAGUAGCAUAUGCAAAGUUGAUGUUUGAGUAAUGAGGAGUAUUUUAUACAUCUUGUAUACCGACUUAUUAAAGCAAUUGAUCUAUGUUUUAUUGAAUAUCCUUAGUGAUAUCUGGGAUAUAAAAGUUCAAAUUACGUAUUUUUUAAGAGUGCACAGGAAUAUAGUCAACUAAACUAAUUUUGAUAACUUAUAUAUUUUGGAUGGUAACUGUAAAAAGUUUGAAAGCUAACUUAUUUGGUAUUUCAUUAAAAUAAUUAAUUGCUUUAACAAGUGUUAAUGUAUGUUUGUAUAUAUGGAAAACUAUCAUAUAUGUGUAGUCUAAUACACACACACACAAAAAUGAGUUCUUAUAAAUUUUUUUUUUUGUUGAUAAGUUGGGCUUUGUUCAUAUCAUUGUGUAAAGUUCAUGAAAUAAUUUGACUGUUGAUAAAUAAAUUUUAUUUAAAAUCUUAACUGUUAACAUGGAUCUGAAGCCUUUUAUCACUAAUUACCCCUACUAUCAUAGGUCAAGGAAUUAAAAAACAAAAUACUCCAUGGAAAUUAUUAAAUUUUAUUCUUAAGAGGAUGAGGCAUAAAAAAUAAUGUUAUCUCUAUCUUUUGAGAUGAAUGUAAAUGUACACUAAACUAACUUCUCUUUUUUAUAUCAGUGGUUGUAUGAUAGUCUAGAUAAAACAAUUUAGACAUUGUCGAUGUUUAAAUUAAGUUAGUACUUUCAGUUGUAUUUUAAAAUGUCCAUAAUAUAAAGAUUAAUUUGUUCCUGAGAAGAAUGGUUUUUAGGAGUACCUAGAUUGAAAUAAAUGUACAUAAAAGUAUUGGGCCUCAAGCUUCACAAUCAUUAUGAAAAAUAAUAACAGUAAAAAACCUAACAGUCAUUUUAGAAAGAGCUACUUAAAGCUUGUGUAGCAGACACUUUUUUGUACAUAAAAUUAUUUGUUAGUAGGUAAUAGAUUUUAUAGAAUUCUUAAUAUAAUGGAACAAAACAAUGUUCCGUUAUGUUAAUUUUUAACUAUAAACUUACUUCUGACUGAAUGAUACUGACUAUUCCCCAUAUUAUUCUACUGAUUUCAUCCCCUGUCUAAUUGAUUAUAAAUUCACAUAUUCAAUUUUGCUUCAAUACAUAUCAUCUUGUGUACAGUGUCUAACUUAGUUUUAUAUGUAUUGUGUACAAAUUUGAAGAAUUAAAAUUACUAUUGAGGUGUUAAUGUUUUAAUGAAAAUUACCUGAAACCCUUCAAGGCCAU